CAUGUCUUUCUUGCCUCAGCCCUUUUCUUCCAUAGCCAUCUUAUCAUCAUCAUCAUCAAAUAAUUGCAAUAUUACUUCUAUAAAUACUCACCCAAAAUAAACACAAUUCACAAAAAGUACCACCAUAAGCCUAAAUAUUAAAUAUUCGACAAAACCCCUUACCACAAAAAGAAAAAAAAACAUUUUUUUUUGUGAACAUGGCAAACUCUAACCACAUUGCAAAGAAAAACAAAAUGAUCAAGCUCAAACUAGUCAUGGAGAAGCUACAAAAGAGUUUCUCCCUAGGGAAGAGACUAUCCAUGUCCGACGUCGAAGACCUCCAAGAACAACAUGAUCAUGAUGAAGAGCCAACAUCAUGUCAUCAUUUCGGAGACUCGAGGUCGACGGCGGCGCCGCCGUCGUCGGAGGACGUGAAGGAAGGUCAUUUCACGGCGGUGGCGGUUGACGGAGACGAGGCGAGGCGUUUCGUGGUGCCUCUAAGGUACCUAACACAUCCCAUGUUUCUUGCAUUGUUGGAAAAGGCAGCUGAGGAGUAUGGGUUUGAUCAUGGAGGUGCACUUACCAUACCUUGUAGACCAAGUGAGAUUGAGAGUAUAUUGGGUGAAAGAUGGAAUGGAGGUAGACCAUCUAGCUCUAGGAGAAGGUCUAAUGAUAAUAAUAAUAAUUGUAGGAGGAAUUCUAAUGAUUUUAUGAUUCAAAGCUAUUAAAUUAAAUAAUUGUAAUUUGGGUAUAUAUAUAAUAUAUAUAUAUAUUGCAUGUAAUAAUGCUUCCCCUCCUCUUUUUGUUCUCAAUGUUUUUGAGGGGUUGUGCUAAAUACAAGCAUGUACUUAUAAGUUAUAAGCUAGAUUAAUAAAUCUUUAGUUUAACAAAAAUGUGUCCCCUAGAACUAGAAAAUAUGUUACUAUCUUCGUUUGUAUUAGUUCUACUCAAUUAUACUA